UGUCCUUAUUCUGUCCCCUCCCAGCUCCUUGUGCCCCCUACCUAGUCCCUAUUGCUGGCAGAAGAUGAGAAAACUGAAAUGUCCUUGGUCUGCACAGUGCUGCUCAGCAACAACUGGAAACAUCUGCACGUUAUCAACAUCAUUUUUCUCCUAAAACCAAAACAUUGCAUCAUACCAGAGACUAUGAAGAAAAACAACUCAAGAGAAGAAAAGGCCAGACUGUACCUCUCAAGCUGAAAACUGCACUGGAGGUGAGCUUUCAUUGAAGAGCAGGUAGCCCUAUAUUUUCUUGAGGUGAGCAUGAUUACAAACAGCAGGCAUCCAUCUCAGAGAAGCCACAUGGCGUUGCUAUGCUUCAUGCUACUUGAGAUGGUGAUCAUGGCAGGGACCGUGAUGCUAGCUUACUAUUUCGAAUACACGGACACCUUCGCGGUCAACGUGCAAGGCUUCUUCUGCUACGAGGGCGCGUACCGCAAGCCGUACCCGGGCCCGGAGGACAGCAGCGCCGUGCCCCCGGUGCUCCUCUACUCGCUGACCGCAGGCGUGCCUGUGCUGGUGGCAGGCGAGAUGCAUUGGUGGGUCAGGACAUGGAAAGUCACAUUGCAGAUUAUCGUUGGAGAAACCGCAGUGUUUUGUCUGCAGUUAGCUACAAAGGAUUUUGAAAAUCAAGAAAAAACAAUAUUAACUGGAGACUGUUGUUAUAUAAAUCCACUGGUGCGCAGAACCAUCAGAUUCCUUGGAAUUUACGCAUUUGGACUGUUUGCUACGGACAUCUUUGUAAAUGCUGGACAAGUAGUAACAGGGAAUCUUGCACCACAUUUUCUUGCACUUUGUAAACCCAACUAUACAGCACUUGGAUGUAAACAGUAUACACAAUUCAUCAGUAGUGCACAUGCCUGUACUGGAAACCCAGACCUUAUCAUGAAAGCCAGAAAGACAUUCCCAUCCAAAGAAGCAGCACUAAGCAUAUAUGCAGCUAUGUAUCUGGCUAUGUAUAUCACCAGCACAGUAAAAGCCAGAGGAACAAGGCUUGCAAAACCUGUUCUGUGUUUGGGCUUAAUGUGCUUGGCUUUCCUUACUGGAAUCAACAGAGUAGCAGAGUAUCGAAAUCACUGGUCAGAUGUAAUAGCAGGAUUUAUAAUUGGAAUAUCUAUAGCAGUAUUUUUGGUUGUUUGCGUGGUAAAUAAUUUCAGGGGACGUCAGCCAGAACAUGAACAUUCUCCUAUGGAUAAUCUGGCCCAGAUGCCCAUGAUCAGCAUACCACGAGUAGAAAGCCCUUUAGAAAAGACUGACAGACAAAUAUCCCAGCAGAUUAAAGAAGAACUGAGAAAUGGAAACUUCUGUGGUGGCCGCUGUUUCCCUCCAGCACUUUCUAUGGUGUAUGAACCACAUCACGGCCUUUGCAGAAGUCACAUGAUGUUGACGCUGAUGUAUAUUCACUCCAUUGGACUUCAUCUCUUUUCACAGCCCACUCACGAUAAUUGCAGUGUAACAAAACCAAGAAAUUUUUAAAGUCCUCUUUCUGACUUGAUUUUUACAUCAUUAAAAUGAUACCUACAUUUUGAAGAUUUCUUAAAUAUUAGAACGUCACUUUACUUUCUAGCAAAUAUAUUAACUGUUUACUUUUUGAUGGAAUGGGACGAACUAAGCACUAAUUACCUUUAUCUGACACUACCCUCUAUUUUGGCUUCUUGUUGUUUUUUAAUGGUUCAUGUACCUAUUCCAGCAGUACUCCAUAUGUUGAUUUGAAAUUGAUUUUUAAAAUUUGCAUUUUUAAUUCAGCAUGAAUUUGUUUCAAUUUGAGGCAGUUUUAGUGUAUAAAAACUAGAAAAAUAUUACCUUCUGUAUGAAAAUGCUGUUUGCACAUUGUAUUACGCUGUAUUCCAUGUAAGAUAUCAUUCAAACAAUGUUAUAUGUAAAACUGGUGCUUCUGCUUUUGAAGAGAAAAAAAUGCCAAUUUUUACUGUAAUAAGUAUUGUAUCAUAAUUAAAAGUUUAUUUAUUUGGAUAUUUUCCUGACAUAAUUGUAGUUGAAUUGUUGAUUUGUAGUUCUUGAAUGUCUUGAAUGAUAUAUAUGUAUCUAGGUUAAAAGAAAUGAAAAUAAUAUAGAAUUUUUGAUCAUCGAUAUAUUCUUUAUUACUAAUGCUAUCCCAUGAAAGGUUAAGGGCUCCAUUCUUAGCUCAGCAUAUCCAGUGGGAAGCUCUGCUAUCACAGAUCAUUUAAACAAGAUAUUGAAGGAGCCCUGUAUCUUCUCCUUGUAUUUCUUGUGCACCCAGAUAUUGUGCUGGGAGAGUGGGCUGCUAAGUCAGGAAGAGGGUCACUGACAUAGUGAGGAAAAGUGCACAUGUGUUUCUGUCCUUCUGUUGGAGCAUUUAUAGAAAAUAAGCAAUGGCUGCAUUAAUUUACUUCAACUGGAGUGGCUGAGACAGGCAGAAUUUAUCUCUAGGAAUCUAUCUGUCCCUGUUUCAUUUUCAGGGCCAUAUUCUUGCAAAAAAAUCCUCUGUCAGUUUCUACGUUGCUGACAGGAUUUUUUCCUUCAACAUCAAGUGAUGUUCUCGUAUCGCUGUUAUCACUGUGAAAAAUCAAAUUGAGCCUCCCCUUCAAAAGACAGCCUCACUGACUAUUCAUAGUGAAGUAUUGUAGAUGCUGAAGAUACUCUUAACUGCCAGAAUGUUUUCCUCUGGCAACCACAGUUGCAACGCUAGCACUACAGACACAUUUAGGAUAGAGAAGUUCAGUGUGGUCUGUUGAAACGAGUAUAGAAUUCAAGGCCUUAAGUUUUCCAUAAUUCAGUGCAUUUCCUCUGCAUUAAUCAUUGGUAGAAGAUAUUUAAAACAUAACUGUAGAAUUGGAUAUAUAUUUUUCUAUGUUGAAUUUUAAUGCAUUCCUGCAUAGUUGUCCAUGCAUUUUCAUUUUAACUUUUCACUAAAUGCAACUACCUAAAUAUUGCUUGGCAAGCAGGGCAAGGCCAAGUCUUCUUUGAGUGCAGUAGAGCAGUAUAUCCCACGAAGUCAUCAUACUAAGCUGAGAAUUAGAGAAUAAAGAAAUACGUCGGUGGUGGAAAAAGUCAUAGAAUAGAGCCCUUAGCUACAAUAGUGUUAUUUAGGUGACUGAAAAUCCACCUUUAUUAGGCUACCAGCUGUGUUUACAAAAUUGUAGUAGGUCCAAAGUUUGUAUCACCAUGUUAGGAACACCUACCCUUCUCUUAUUAGUAUAGCUUUUUAGGGUCCAAGGUACUAAUGAUCUCUGUGUGUAGAUUUAAAAGAAAUCCUCACUCAUUUUUGCAUGGUAGCAAAUCUACAUUUUUUUAAUAUCUGAUUUAUAAGAUUACCAAGAGAUUCUUUUAUGUUAAAAGAGAUGACUCUUUUCCACUGUACUGUAUAUCAUCAACUUGUAACUGGUCUCUUUCUCUCUCAGGAUCUUUCCCAGUCAAAUAUUUGGGUUAAAUUUAUCCUAUUAUCUCUGUGAACCAGCAGUGAGAAAACAAAAAGAGAGACACUCUGCUGUAUAAUGUAUUUUUAAAUAAAAUAAUUUUUCAAUCA